AUGUCGCCACGGAACCUGAUCUUGGUGUCCUUGCUGGUCGUCCUGGUCCCGCCAGUGUCAGCUGCUCCUAUGGAAGAGCAUGAGGAGGCGGAGCCUACUGAGGAGGUGGAGGGUGAGCAGUCGGAGGAGGAGGAGGUGCACCGUUUCAGCAAGUCAAUCCUAAAUUGACGGUAAAAUUAAUUAUGCUCCAUGAAGUGAAGAAAAUAAAGAGGAUCCUCCCAUGAACCUUGAAGAAGCUAGCAAUGGGAUCUUGCUAAACCUUGGGAAACAAAAGGAGAAAAUGGGUGUUGACGUUUAGCAUUGGGCAAACAAAGUCCAUGUGACACAACAAGAACAAUAAAAAACCUGGAUGUGUUUUCCUUUCAGAUGAUGACGACUCCACAAAGGAGGCAGGACCUCCUGGUGCCCCCCAGACGGCAGGCGGAGCUUCAGAUGAAGGUUCCAUUGAGUGGUCACAUGGUUCCAUCAUUAGCAUGUCUUGGAGCCAAUCAGGGCUCAUCCUCAGCUCACCUCUUUGCAGGUAUGAGACCCCACGUGCCGUCUACUGUCCAUGGCAGCGGUUGGCAGGAUGGCGCGGCCGGAGGACAUUCCGACGGAAGCACGGGCAGCUCUGGUGGUUCUGACGCGGUGGACUCUUAUUCAAACGGUAACGGACAGAAGCUGUUGAACGGAAGGGGAGGAGCCGAGGGACAAACAGGUGUGCUGAUGUCACUUGAGGGUGGAGCUUCUCCCCUGGAGCACGCAGGAACCGUGGAAGCGCACUUACAUCACUUCCUGUUGGACCUGCUGGGCCGCACACCAACCAGCAUGGACGCCACAGGAAGUCUCAUGGACGCUCGUGCCAUCAGCCAAUCACCCUCUAGUCCCCACUCAAGCCACGACCAAUCCACUGCCCGGCAGGACUCAUCAUCUUUCUCAUCACCAGCUCAACAGACAGCAGGAAGUCAGCUGAUGGACACAGAUGGAGUGUCCGCCCGACCGGCGUCCUUCAGGGAUCUUCACGCUCACAGCGUCCCGUGGGCCCCCACGGGUACGACCGUUCUACCGCGGGGUUCCACAAUCAAUGCUUUUCUUCAUCUUUGGACCGCCAGUGUCAGCAGGCACCGUGACAGCACCAUUACAGGGUCCUCGCCUGUGGUCACCCGCACCGAGCUGGCAGAUGGCGACCUGGCACACACUCCGCACUCAGGAACACACACAUGGCGCACUGACACCGUUACCAUGGCAACAGCCCCAAUCUUUGCAGAGGCAUCAGGAACUCCACUACACUCCAGUGCUGUACAGGUGACUGAGGACUUCCACAAGGCUGGUUCCGUCACUGAACAGUACAACCCAUGGAGUCAGGGUCCUGAAGGUGAGGUGCCAACGGGCUUGACAAGCAGUCAGUGUGUGCUUGUAGCGUGAGGUGAGCCAAAGAGCAGACAGUAUGAAUGCUGGUGUCUUUUGUGUUUUUGCUGACAGCUUCAGAAAACCUGGAGCUGGAGGAUACCUGCUGACUUCCACAUCAAACCUCAAGUUCGGUUCUUACGCUACCAGUUUGAGUGCACAGAACAAUCAGCACGCUCCGUCCAAUCCCAGCCGUACCGCUAGCUUUUAUUUUGAAAUAUUUAAGAUGGCUAUCAGUGCUUGUGAUCUGUAGAAACAAUUUUAGAAGCAGUUCAACCCGCAAAAUGUCUUUUAAUGAUUUGACAAUAAAUGUGUCUAUU